AUGUGCUUCCCGCACGCCCGCCGAGCAAUUGGCAUGCAAAUCGGCUUUUUCGGCUUCAUCGCCGUGGAGCAUAAUAUGGCAUUUGCAUUCAGCCGAUCGAGCCGCCUGUCCGAAGAAUGCGAGCGACGACGCGCCAGUACCCUCGUACGCAGCAAAGCCGUGCUGACGCCAAAUGCUCCAGUGAAACAGAGCCACCGGCUGACGGUGGCCAAGGUGGCCAAGAAGAAUUCCUCACCGCUACCCCAAGAACGGCGGCAGAUCUAUGAAAAGGACCAUUUGCACUCAAAAUCGUGGAAUCCGGAAGUGACCUUCGACGACGAUCCGCAUGAAUACCCAAUGCCAUUGCCCCCGAUGCCACAGCGAUUCUCGGUUGACAUCCAGCCACAGCAACAUCCGGUCACCUCCAGAUACGGUGCCACGAACCAGACACUACCGUAUACUCUAUUUCCUCCUACACAACGCCGACCAUCGAAUACCGGGGCCUGGAAUCAGCUGGGAGUUCGGCAGCCGUUCGAGAGACAGGCCAGAUCCUUUGACGAUCGACCCAACGAGCGAAGCACCGGCUGGACGGAGCGAAGAAGCCAAAGUGAAAGGGAAGAUCGCGCAAUUCUUCAACGCCAAAUAACACAACACGAAGAGGCAUUAAUAGCCGAGACAGCAAUCGGGCAGCAAUGUCAGACCCUUUGGGAAGCGAGAAGCCAUCUGGAGCAGUUGAGGCGGAUUGGCAUUGAGGACCCAUCGUCGGCUAGCACUUCGUUUGAGAGCAAUACAGAAGCUAUACUUAUCUCCCCGCGGAACACCCCCAAAGGACUGAUGACUGGCAGCAGCGUGGAGGAUCGGCGAAAUAAAUAUCGCUCGGUGCUCCUACAACGCAAAACCCUGCCCGGCGGCGCGUUCGACAGCAUCGAGAGCACAUUUUCGAACGAGUCGAACGGCAUCGACGAGCAAAUUCGGGCGGCCAUGGCCCAGAUGACGAGUGUGGAUAGUAGUGGUGCGGAGCUAACCCCGAGGGCCCGGCCGAUGCUGAAUCAGCGGGAUUACAGUGUUGACGCGGCCAGCGAUUCAAUGUUCCGCGAGUUCAGCCGGAUCGACCCAAAGUAUGAACCGGCCCAAUUCUCCCUCUCGCCCCGCCGACCAUCGCAGCUUCUGCAGAAAUGGGAGACGUUUGACCACUGCUCACCCCGCCAUCAUCCCGGCCCUCCACCCAGACAGCUAUCCCAUACCGAUCACCGCUUUGUA